UUCCUCUUCUGGAUAUGAUUUUGUGUGUGGAUAAUUUGUAAUUAUGCAGAUUUUUUUUUCUUCUUUUUUAUUUCUUCGGACACAAUGACGCCACCUGUCACUCUUGUAAUAUAUUGUUCAUUACAUAACCCCACUAUCGUAGCAUUGCCUGCUGCACAUUCAGCAAUCAGCAGGUACUUUCUGUCUGAUAUCUUAGGAGGGAGCAUGGAAUAGAACGGAAAAUAAGUGGUGGCCUUCCAAUGGUGCUUGCUCCAUAGUCAAGUGAUUGAGGUUGAGAAACACCAAUUUCAAGGUGAAUAUGGGGAAACCUGGCAAUGAUGAUACUGAUUGUGGAACUAGAAGUAGAAAGCAAUCAGGAAAUAACAACAUGAAGAAAGGGUUGUUUCACUCAGAAUUUGACAAGGGGAAUCAUUUUGAUGGCAAGAAUCACAUGAAUGAAAUUACUAAGGCCACAAAUUCAGGCAGUCAACCCAGCUGCACUUUCUGCAUGGGUAAAAAUGAUUGCCAAAUCGUACGCUCAAGAACAAAAGUAAUGAAUAUUCUGAUCAAGAGUGGAAAACCUCAGGAAGCUAUAGUCAUUUUUCAAAAUCUGAUUGAAGGAGGGCACCAACCAUCUUUAGCAACAUACACAACCCUGUUAAAUGCCUUAACCACUCAGAAGUAUUUCAAGCCUAUACAUUCCAUUGUCUCACUGGUUGAAGAAAAACAAAUGAAGCCUGACUCAAUAUUUUUUAAUGCUCUUAUAAAUGCAUUUGCUGAAUCUGGGAACAUGGAGGAUGCCAAGAAAGUUGUUCAGAAAAUGAAAGAAAGUGGAUUAAAACCUAGUGCUUGUACUUAUAACACAUUGAUAAAAGGAUAUGGGAUUGCAGGUAAGCCUGAUGAGUCAAUGAAACUGCUAGAUCUGAUGUCAACAGAAGGAAAUGUGAAACCCAAUCUCAAGACAUACAAUAUGCUAAUAAGAGCUUUGUGUAAAAUGGAGAACAUUUCUGAGGCAUGGAAUGUGGUGUAUAAGAUGACUGCUUCGGGAAUGCAACCAGAUGUUGUUACCUUCAACACUAUAGCAACCGCUUAUGCUCAGAAUGGAAAGACUGCUCAGGCUGAAGCAAUGAUUUUAGAGAUGCAGAGGAACAGUUUGAAACCCAAUGAGAGAACUUGCACCAUCAUCAUAAGUGGAUAUUGUAGAGAAGGUAAAGUACAGGAAGCUUUAAGGUUUGUAUACAGGAUGAAGGAUCUGGGGAUGCAGCCUAAUCUUAUUGUACUUAAUUCCCUGGUUAAUGGUUUUGUGGACAUGAUGGAUCGAGAUGGUGUCGAUGAGGUGUUAAAGUUGAUGGAAGAAUUUCAGAUCCGACCAGAUGUGAUAACAUAUAGUACUAUAAUGAAUGCAUGGAGCCAAGCUGGAUUCUUGGAAAAAUGCAAGGAAAUCUACAAUAACAUGCUAAAAUCUGGUGUUAAGCCAGAUGCGCAUGCUUAUAGUAUUCUUGCUAAAGGUUAUGUGCGAGCACAAGAAAUGGAAAAGGCUGAAGAAAUGCUUACUGUCAUGACUAAAUCAGGUGUCCACCCAAAUGUGGUUAUAUUUACAACUGUCAUAAGUGGAUGGUGCAGUGUUGGCAGAAUGGACAAUGCCAUGAGGGUUUUUGACAAGAUGGGUGAAUUUGGGGUUUCUCCAAAUUUGAAGACUUUUGAGACACUAAUCUGGGGAUAUGCAGAAGCAAAACAACCCUGGAAAGCAGAAGGAAUGCUCCAAAUAAUGGAAGAAUUUCAUGUUCAACCCAAGAAAUCGACCAUUUUGCUUGUUGCGGAAGCUUGGCGUUUUGCUGGAUUUAAAGAAAGGGCAAAGACACUACUAAGGACUGUAAAAGCGAAGAUGGCCAAUUCAAUAGGCAAAGACGACAAUAAACCUGCUAAAAUGUCAGAGAAAAUUUAUCAAAAGCCACAUACUAAUGCUCCUUUUUGUAGUCUCUUACAGAUUCCGUCUAUAUCUUCCACUGACCAGAAAGGUUCAGCUUUAACAUCUAGAAGAAAUAGAAGGCUCCUUAGAGAUGGUGCUGUGGAGACUCUGUUGCUCACAACAAAAUUCAAGUGUCAUCCUCAAAUUUGUAGAUAUGGUGAAGGAUUUUCCAUUAUGGGCAAACAGUUUCAAGGACAGCAUGGUACAUACCAAUUUGCAAAUUCAUGUACAGCAGUAUUCUUAAACUGAAAGGGUUUGGGAGGUGGAGUGUGGAAUAUCUUUCUGAUGUAAUUACUUCUUAUGUCAACACAAACUGUUCAUUUUUGUUAACAAAAUACUCCUUUUAUUUUUCAUGUAAUAAAAAAUUAAAAGGCUUGUUUUUUAUGCUGUAA